AUGGCGAAUCUCAACUUUGCGCAUUCAGAUGCGCCUCUGCGCACGAUCCAGGAGAUACAGUUCGGUCUGCUGUCCCCAGAGGAAAUCAAGAACAUGAGUGUUUGCCAUGUUCUCUAUCCUGAGACCAUGGACGACAGUAAGACGAAGCCUCGAGAGCAAGGGCUCAACGAUCCUCGACUCGGAUCCAUCGACCGACAGUACAAGUGUGCUACCUGCGAUCAGAAUAUGUCAGAAUGCCCUGGUCACUUUGGACAUAUUGAGUUGGCAAAGCCUGUUUAUCAUCCUGGGUUUAUCAAAAAGAUCAAGAAGCUGCUGGAGAUGGUCUGCCACAAUUGUGGCAGAGUGUUACUAGACAGAAGUAACCCACAGUACAAAGCAGCCGUUGCUAUUCGAGAUCCGAAGCGCAGAUUCGAUACAAUCUGGCGACUUUGCAAGCCGAAGAUGAUCUGUGACAGCGAUGUGAAUGUGAACGAGGAUGAGUUCAAUGGCGACCCGAAGGAGGCUGCGAAACGAUCUCAUGGAGGUUGCGGAAAUACCCAGCCAGAAGUGCGCCAAGUUGCUUUGCAGCUCUGGGGAACGUGGAAAGUCCCAAAAGAUGAAGAUGGUGAGGGUGUGCAGGCCGAAAAGAAACAAAUCACUCCAGAGAUGGCACUACAAGUCUUCCGAAACAUCUCUACGUCUGAGAUUUAUGAUCUCGGCUUGAGCAACGACUAUGCUAGGCCAGAGUGGAUGAUUAUCACGGUCCUCCCAGUUCCACCUCCGCCUGUUCGCCCGAGUAUCUCCAUGGAUGGAACUGGCCAGGGUAUGCGAGGAGAGGACGAUUUAACAUACAAGCUGGGUGAUAUUAUCCGAGCAAAUGGUAAUGUCCGCCAGGCCCAGCAGGAAGGUUCUCCGCAGCACAUUCUCCAAGACUUCGAGGCUCUACUCCAGUACCACGUUGCUACAUACAUGGAUAACGAUAUUGCUGGCCAGCCACAAGCUCUGCAGAAGUCGGGAAGACCUGUGAAGUCGAUCCGAGCCCGUCUAAAGGGUAAGGAGGGCCGACUUCGUGGUAACCUGAUGGGGAAGCGUGUUGAUUUCUCUGCACGUACUGUCAUUACUGGUGACCCGAACUUGUCUUUGGACGAAGUUGGUGUCCCAAGGAGUAUUGCCAGAACCCUCACUUACCCCGAGACGGUCACACCGUAUAACAUCAGUAAGUUGCACCAGCUGGUCCAGAACGGACCGAACGAGCACCCGGGAGCCAAGUACGUCAUCCGCUCUGAUGGAACUCGUAUCGAUCUUCGACAUCACAAGCGCGCAGGCGCAAUCUCAUUGGAAUAUGGCUGGAAGGUUGAGAGACAUAUCAUUGAUGGUGAUUUUAUCAUCUUCAAUCGUCAACCCUCGUUGCACAAGGAGUCUAUGAUGGGUCACAGAGUUCGAGUAAUGCCUUACUCGACUUUCCGACUCAACUUGUCUGUAACCUCACCAUAUAACGCUGAUUUCGAUGGCGAUGAAAUGAACCUGCACGUCCCUCAGACCGAGGAGACUCGGGCUGAGAUUAUGCAGCUCUGCAUGGUUCCUCUCAAUAUUGUCUCUCCUCAACGCAACGGUCCUCUGAUGGGUAUUGUUCAAGAUACUCUGGCUGGUGUUUAUAAGAUGUGCCGACGCGAUGUCUUCUUGACGAAGGAACAGGUCAUGAACAUCCUGCUCUGGGUACCUGAAUGGGACGGGGUGAUCCCACAACCGGCGAUCAUCAAGCCUCGCCCGAGAUGGACAGGAAAGCAGCUCAUCAGCAUGGUUAUACCCAAGAUUGUGAACCUUCACGUGCCCAGCGAAUCACGCGAAGAUGCUCCAUUGAAGGACGACGGUCUUCUGGUACAUGGCGGAGAACUCAUGUUUGGUCUUCUGACAAAGAAGAAUGUCGGAGCUACUGGAGGUGGAAUUAUCCACAUUAUCUUCAAUGAGCAAGGCCCGGACGCCGCUAUGGCCUUCUUCAAUGGUUGCCAGCGAGUUGUCAAUUACUGGCUACUCCAUAAUGGCUUCAGUAUUGGUAUUGGUGAUACGAUCCCAGACAAAAAUACCAUCGAGAAAAUUGAAGAGGCUAUUUUGGAGCAGAAGAAUGAGGUCGCUAAACUCACUGCUAUGGCUACUGCUAACGAGCUCGAAUCUCUCCCCGGUAUGAACGUUCGUGAGACCUUUGAGAGUCAAGUCUCCAAAGCUUUGAACACCGCCCGUGAUAAGGCUGGUACAAGGACCGAGGCCAGUUUGAAGGACAUCAACAAUGCCGUACAAAUGGCUCGGUCUGGUUCCAAGGGGUCUACUAUCAACAUCUCGCAGAUGACUGCCCUUGUGGGUCAACAGUCAGUAGAGGGCAAACGUAUCCCCUUCGGAUUCAAGUAUCGAACUCUCCCACAUUUCACCAAAGACGAUUACUCCCCGGAGUCGCGUGGUUUUGUUGAGAACUCGUAUCUUAGAGGCUUAACACCAACCGAAUUCUUCUUCCACGCGAUGGCUGGUCGUGAGGGUCUCAUCGACACAGCUGUUAAGACCGCCGAGACUGGAUACAUCCAGCGACGUCUUGUCAAGGCGCUUGAAGAUGUCAUGGCUAAGUAUGAUGGCACAGUGAGAAACUCUCUGGGCGACAUCGUUCAAUUUGUUUAUGGCGAAGAUGGCCUCGAUGGUGUUCACAUUGAGAAGCAGCGCGUCGAUCACAUCAACAUGUCUGACAAAGAUUUUGCCAAACGCUAUCGUCUUGAUGUCAUGGACGAGCGGAACCCGAUUUCCCCUGAUCUUCUAGAACAUGCAAACGAGCUUGCUGGCGAUCUUACAGUUCAACAAUUGCUGGACGAAGAAUGGGAACAACUGAAGGCUGAUCGCAAGAUGUUGCGUGAUGUCAACUUCAAGAAGAAGGACGAAGAGAUGAUGCAACUUCCCAUGAACGUCGUCCGAAUCAUUGAUAGUGCUAGAAGACUCUUCAAGGUAGACGAGUCUCAACGAAGUGAUUUGCACCCUGCAGAGGUUAUUCCACAGGUGCGGCAGCUGCUGGACCGCAUGGUUAUCGUUCGCGGUGACGAUGAGUUAUCCAAGGAAGCUCAGCUCAACGCAACGCUGCUGAUCAAAGCUCAAUUGCGUUCACGUCUUGCUUUCAAACGUGUUGCUUUACAAAUGCGGCUUAACAAGCUGGCAUUUGCCCACGUCCUUGGAGAACUCGAGAACCGCUUUACGAGAGCUCUCGUCAACCCUGGAGAGAUGGUCGGAGUCCUCGCUGCGCAGUCUAUUGGAGAACCCGCCACGCAAAUGACACUUAAUACCUUCCAUUUUGCUGGUGUCUCUUCCAAGAACGUCACCCUAGGUGUUCCUCGUCUCAAGGAAAUUCUUAACGUCGCCACCAAUAUCAAGACACCCUCCAUGGUCGUUUACCAAGAGGGUGGUGACGCGAGCCAGGCGUCCGCAAAGCAGUUGCGUAGCGCCGUCGAGCACACCAAUUUGCGCUCAGUUACCUUCUCUACGGAGAUCUACCACGAUCCAGACAUCAUGGCUACUAAUAUUCCUCAAGAUCUUGAUAUGGUGGAAUCCUACUUUAUCAUCCCUGAGGAGAGCCACGACUCACCGGAAAAUCAAUCUAGAUGGCUUCUUCGUCUUACUCUCGACCGCCAAAAGAUGUUGGAUAAGGGCUUGAAGGUUGAUGAUGUUGCAAUGAAGAUCAAGGAGAACUAUCCCAAAGAUCUUGCUGUCAUCUUCAGUGAUAACAACGCGGAGGAGCAAGUCAUUCGUAUCCGAAUGAUCAAGCAGAACGACUCCAAAUACGAGGAUGACGAGAUCGAGGAGGAUAUUAUGUUGAAGAGACUCGAGGCCCACAUUCUCGAUACCCUGACUCUACGCGGUGUCCCGGGCAUCGAGCGAGCAUUCUUAAACAAGGAGACUAAGCUCAUCGAGACUCCUGAGGGAUCACUUCUGGCAGACAAGAACGAUCCUCGCUGCGAAGAGUGGUACCUUGAUACCAGUGGAACUGCUCUGGCUCAAGUAUUGACGGUUCCUGGUGUGGACACGACACGCACAUACUCCAAUCACUUCAUCCAGGUCUUUGAGGUUUUCGGUAUCGAGGCUACUCGAUCAGCAUUGAUGCGUGAGCUGACUCAGGUGUUGGCUUUCGAUGGAUCUUAUGUUAACCAUCGCCAUCUCGCUCUGCUUGUUGACGUUAUGACCUCUCGCGGCCAUUUGAUGGCGAUUACUCGUCAUGGCAUCAACCGUGCUGAUACUGGAGCUUUGAUGAGAUGUUCUUUCGAGGAAACCGUCGAAAUUCUUCUCGAGGCUGCCGCUGUUGGUGAACUCGAUGAUUGUCGUGGUAUCUCCGAGAACGUCAUGCUUGGCCAGCUGGCUCCUAUGGGUACUGGUGAACUCGAGGUCCUUUUGGAUCCAAAGAUGCUCGAGACCGUUAUCUCUGAUAAUGGUAGAAUGAACCUCAUGCCUGGCCUAGCUGUCAAGGGCGCUGAUGGCGGUGCUGCAACUCCUUAUGACAGUGGCUCUCCUUUGGCCGAGGGAGGAUUCCUUGGUACUCCCGAUUAUGAAGCAUCUUUCUCCCCAAUUAUCACUGGUGGUACAGCUGAACCCACUGGGUUUGCCACAGAGUAUGGCAGCACGAUUGGUGGAGGCUUUGGUGGAAUGAGUCCUUACUCGGGAGCCAAAUCCCCAAGUGGGGCUGGCUACUCUCCAUCCAGUCCUUUCAGCUCGUCGCCGGUUUCUCCAGGUUUCUCACCCACAUCACCUGGCUAUAGCCCGACAUCCCCAAUGAUGGGUGCUACGAGCCCUGGCUAUGCUGUAUCUCCGAGAUUCUCUCCUGUAUCGCCUGCAUUUACGCCAACGUCUCCUGCAUACAGCCCUACUUCUCCGUCAUUCGUUUCACCAACAAGGAGCCCCAACUAUUCUCCAACGUCUCCGAACCUGCAUGGUUCACCUACUUCACCGUCGUACAGUCCAACAUCUCCUUCGUACUCACCAACUAGUCCGAACUAUAGUCCUACGAGUCCAAACUUUACCGGUACCAAGACAUCACCUGGUUCAGGAUUAUCUCCAACGAGCCCUGUCUAUAGCCCUAGUUCUCCUAACUGGAGUCCUACCAGUCCACAACACCAAGGUGCUGUUACUUCUCCCAAGUAUUCACCAACAUCACCAUCAUACUCGCCAACCAGCCCUCAAUUCUCUCCGACGUAG